GAGUGGGCUUACCAAAAAUGUACAUUUGGAGCUUUCUGAUUAGUUGGCGAAUAAAAGGGGUGUGAUUUUCUCAUAAUUUUCUUGAUGCUACAGUUAAUGCUACGACAUUUCCACGCAGCCAACGGCAUGGAGGCAAAAAUGCGGUCAGCAGUCUGAGCUCAGGUUAAUUUAUCCUGAAUUUUGGAGGACCAUGGAUGACAGCACUAAACCUCUGUGCUACGAGCUCCUGGCUGAAGUAGGAGAAGGCUCUUAUGGUAAAGUGUAUAAAGCCAGAGAGGUCGGGGAGAAACAGCGUCUCCUGGCGGUGAAGAAAUUCAACAUCCGCGGAGACACGUCAGAGACCGGGAUCCCUGCCUUCAUGAUCCGCGAGGUGGCGCUGCUGCGUAAGAUGAAGUACUUCAACCAUCCCAACAUUAUCAAGCUGUUGGAUGCAUCUGCCGUACCGGUGGGCCAGAGUUUAGACCUCACUCUGGUGUUGGAAUACAUUGACCAGGAUCUGUCUACCUACCUCUCUAAGGUUCCUGCUUCUGGACUGAACCAGGACUGUAUUAAGGAUGUGAUGCUGCAGUUGCUGCGGGGAUUGGACUUCUUGCACACAAACAUGGUGCUGCAUCGUGACCUAAAACCAGAAAACAUCUUGGUCAGCAGCCACGGUGAAAUCAAGAUCGCAGACUUCGGUCUGGCACGCAUCUACACCUUUAAUAUCGCUCUCACUCCGGGUGUGGUGACGCUGUGGUAUCGAGCUCCGGAGGUGCUGCUGAACUCGGUUUACAUGUCCUCAGUGGACAUGUGGAGUGCUGGCUGCAUCUUCGCUGAGCUCUUCCUUUUGAGGCCACUGUUUCAGGGAUACACAGAGGUACAGCAGCUGCAAAAAAUCUUUGAGGUUAUUGGUUUGCCCAGUGACGAGGAGUGGCCCAAAGACAGCCCCGUCUCCUACUCAGUCAACUGGGGACCCAAAGGCCCCUGCACCAAGCUGCUGCCCAACCUGGGCCCAGAUGAGAACGACCUACUAUCUCAAUGUUUGGCAUUCAGACCGAGCAAUCGCAUCUCAGCCGCAAAAGCCCUGGCUCAUCCUUUCUUCAUGAAGCGCUGAGGAUGUCAGUCGAAUGACGAGCGGAGAGGGGAGAAAAGAAAAAAAAACUGGUCGGAGCAUCCACAAUCUGCAGUCAGCCUUACUAACAAGUCGUGUGCCGUAAAGUGAAUCGUACGCUUUGUUGAGAGCAUUUGAAAAGCUUUUAACGUCAGUUCAUCAGCAUCAUGAGAGACUGUGGUCAGGUUUGAGGGAAUACAACUUUUAUACCGAUAAAAAGUACAUCAUACCUGACUUGUAGGACAUGACUCUUAUGGCACAAAGAUCUUUAGCUUUAGGUGAGAGUGUAUGUUUUGAUAAAAUGUCUAAAUAUGUAUUUGGUUUGCAAUGGAACAGUUUUAUUUACUUAGUUGUAUUAAUUUCUAAAUUUAACCUGCCUUUAUAAAAACUGUAUUCUUUGAUUUAGAUUUUCGCUAUCACAAAAAUAUGGUGUUGCCAAUCCUACUUUGUUGUUGUUUAGUGUUACUAUUGAAGAUAUGGAUGCUGUUUGGCUGUAAACUGCUGACAACACUUAUUAUGAGCACCUUACAGUUGAUGAGUUGGUUUAUGUUGUUUAACCAGGACCUUUCUGUUCUAUACAUCUGAGGAGAUGCACUGCUUUCUUUUUGUUAUUUUUGUGAAGAUAUUUAUGGUGUAAUCGCUGGAUUAUGUUACACCUGUAUUUAUGUUUGUAUUUACACAGAUUGUGCAAGAUAUUUUUCUACCAAUGCAUGAGUUUCACUGUUCAUUCAAGAAGCAUUUCUAUAAAUAAUUGUCUCUCAAA